AUGUAUCAAAAGAAUGAUACUAAUAUGGUUUAUGAUUUAUAUCAACCAGGAUGUUUGGUUUGGGUUCCAUGCCAAAGAGAAGUUUGGAAACCAGGUAUUGUUUCCAAAGUUAACAAAUCACAAGUAUAUGUAAAUGUAUCUAAUACAUUAGAUGAUGAAACUCUUGAAAAUGUCUCAGAAGAGAUUAUUAUUGAUUGUUCUGGUGAUCAAAAUUCGAAUAAUUCAAAGAUCUAUAUUCGAGUAGCUGAUGAAUUAUCUGAUUAUGGUGUAGUUGCUCCUGAUGAUUUAUGUGAAUUAACACAUUUAAAUCAACCUGCAAUAUUACAUGCAUUAAAUACCAGAUUUGAUCUUGAUAAGAUUUAUACUUUUACAGGUCCUAUUUUAAUUGCUAUAAAUCCAUUUAGAAAACUGAAUAAAUUGUAUGAUUCUGAGACAUUAGAAAAUUUCAGAUCUGUUGAUUCAUUUCGUAUACCUCAUGUAUUUAGUAUAGCAAAUAAAGCAUACUUUGGUAUAUAUACUGAACAAAAAUCUCAAACAGUACUUAUUAGUGGAGAAUCAGGUGCUGGUAAAACUGAGACAACAAAAUUUGUAUUACAAUUUCUUGCAAUAGCUGGAGCAAGUGGAGGAUCUUUUGAAGAUCAAAUACUUCAAAGUAAUCCACUUUUAGAAGCUUUUGGUAAUUCACAAACUUUGAGAAAUAAUAAUUCAUCUAGAUUUGGUAAAUUUAUUGAGAUAUGUUUUGGUAAUAAUGAAAAUAACAAUAGACUACAGAUUUGCAGUGCAAGUAUCAACACAUAUCUUCUUGAAAAAGUACGUGUAUGUUUUCAACAAGAAGGAGAAAGAAAUUUUCAUAUUUUUUAUCAACUUUGUGCAGCAGCAUCAACAUUAAAGGAUUCAAAAAAACAUACUUAUAUAUUUCCAUCAUCAAGAACUAAUUCUAUAUCAUUUUUAAAUACUAAUUCAUAUUCAUCAGAUAGGAAUGAUGGAUUCCCAAAAGAGAAUAUUAAAAUUCCUAAUAUGGAGAUUGAUUUAUCAUAUAUUCGUGAACCUGAAUAUUAUAGAUAUUUAAGAAUGUCUAAAUUUAUUGAUUGUGAUAUUGAACAGUUUGAGAGAACUUUAUAUGCAACUUCAGCAAUGGGAAUAACUACUUCUGAUUUUCAUAAUAUUUUAAAAGUUCUUAAGGCUAUUUUAUAUCUUGGAAAUAUUGAGUUUAAUGAAGAUGGUGAAGGUUCUAUCAUUACUGAAGAAUGUUUAUAUGAUAUGAAGAUAGCAUCAUUUCUUUUAUCCGUGCCAGAAGAUCAACUUAAAUUAGUUUUAUGUUUCAAGAAGUUACAACUUAAGGAGGGUGAGGUUAUGAAACCACUCAAUAUAUCUGAAGCUGAAAUGACCAGAGAUUCAUUGGCUAAGACAUUUUAUGGUUUAGUUUUUGAAUAUAUUGUACUCUUAGUAAAUUCUAAAAUAAAAAGUUUUAAUAUAUCACAAGAUAAUCUACCUUACUGUGGUGUUUUAGAUAUUUUUGGUUUUGAAUGUUUUUUAUAUAAUAGUUUUGAACAAUUAUGCAUAAACUUUGCAAAUGAAAGAUUACAACAAAUUUUCAAUAAUUUUGUUUUCAAAGUAGAACAAGAUUUAUAUAUCCAAGAACAAAUACUUUGGAAUCCUAUAGAUUUUCCAGAUAACAAUGAAUCUGUUGAAUUACUACAACAAAUAAGUCCUACAUUAGGAAUAUUUCCUGCCCUUGAUGAAGAGUGUAGAAUACCUCGUGGAUCUGAUAUUAGUUUUUUAAAUAAAUUAGUUAGAGAAUAUGGACCAGAUCAGAAACCUGGUCAUCCGAAAUUUGAUAUUGUCCGUAAAAAUCCUAAUUAUUUCACAAUAAUUCAUUAUGCAGGUGCUGUUAGCUAUUGUGUUGAUGGAUUUCUUGAAAAAAAUAAAGAUCAAUUAUCUGCUUUUGCAUUAGAUACUAUUUUGUCAUCAUCAGAUCAAUGGAUAGUAGAUCUUGCUGCAUACAAUUUUUGUGGUAAGUAUUUAAGAAAUAAUCAAGAUUCGAAUGAAGGAAUUUUAGGAAGCCCCUCUGCAACUAAAAAGAAGCAGACUGUCGGUGCAUCAUUUCGAAGACAAUUAAAUACUUUGGUUUCAACUAUUAAGUUAACUACACCACAUUUUAUACGUUGUGUAAAACCAAAUAAUCUGAAUGUCCCUGAUCAAUUUGAUAGAAAAUCUGUUUCUGAACAGCUUAACUAUAGUGGUGUUCUUCAAGCAAUCCAAGUAAGUAGGGCAGGAUAUCCUGUUAGAUUUAAUCACCAAGAGUUUUUGUUAGAUUACAUUAUCCUAUGCUCUCCAGUAAAAGGAUCAAAUAUUGAAUUAGAUAAAACAAGAUUUAUUUAUUGGAGGAAUUUAACAUUUACUGGAAGUGAUGAUGAAAGACGAAUUAUUACAAAAGAGUUUUUAACAUAUUUAGAGGAAAAUAAGGUAAUAAAGAAAAAUAAUGAACAAUUUCUUUGGUCAAUUGGUCUAACCCGUGUAUUUUUAAAAGUAGAUAUGUUCAGAAUAUUGGAGUCAUUGAGGAUGAAGAUUCGUGAUAUUGCUGCUACGAGAAUACAAAGUAUAUGGCGAAUGAAUAUUGCAAAAAAAAUAUUUAAAGUAAAAAAGAAGCUAAUAGUUGAUAUACAACGAAUAUAUAGAGGAUUUUUAUGUAGAAAAGAGUACAAAAGACUUCUCAAACAUAAUUCAGCUAUUUUUAUUUUAAAUUACUAUCGUUCAUAUCAGGCAAGACAAAAGUUUUUGAAAAUGAAGAAGAGUUGCAUAAUAAUUCAAGGUUUUUGGCGAAACCUUCUUAACAAAAGAAUCCAAGAAGAGAUAAGAAUAAAUAAUUCUGCUAGUAUUAUUCAAGCUACUUUUAAGAUGUAUAAAGAAUAUAAAUAUUUUAAAAGCUUAAGUAUUGGAGUAAAAAAGAUACAGACCUUGUGGAGAGGUAGAUUAGCUCGCAGACAGUUACGUAAACUUAGAGAAGAAAGGAACCAAAUUGGUCAGAUUUUUGCAAAAUAUCAAGAAUCUAAUGCAGAACUUCAAAAGUUAAGAGGAUCUUUAUCAAGAUUAGAGGAUCAACUCAGUAUCUUAACUGCUGAAAGAAAUAAGCUAAGAGAUGAGGUUUUGUUGUUACAGAAAGAAUUGAAUAUCUGGAAAGAUACUGCAGAAUCUAAAAAUCAAAAAUAUAUUGAGAUGCAACAAAGUGUAGAAGUCUUAAAAUCACAAGUAAAAAACUAUGGAGAUAUAGAACAGAAAUAUGAAAAUGCUAAUAAAUCUAAUAGUGAUGAGAAGUGGAAGGAUCUAUAUUUAAGGCUACUGAAAUUAUCAUCUUAUCCUUACACAAAAAUGGGAUUGUUAGAAUCAUUAGUAUCAUGUCUAUUUCCUACAGAUACAGAAUCUAUUGUUUCUAGUCAUCAAGAUCGUCAGAUAGGUUUGCUUUUCUGUGGAUCAGCUUCAAGUGGAAACAAAUUACUUAUGAACAAAUUUUUGGAUUUUGUUGGUAUAGGAUCAAUGGAAGAUAAUCAACUCCAGGUAUAUACAUUGGAGCUUGCAAAUAUACCUGGUGGUCAUAUAUUAGGAUUAAGUGAAAAUUUAAGAGAUAAUAAUAUUAGAGAAUCAAGUAUUGGUGAGAGGUGGCCUUUGAAUAUAAUGAAUAUUACUGGCUUAGAAUCUGAAGAGAUGAUUCUUCAAGCAAUAUCUUUUUUCUCAAGAGCACGUGUUGCAGUCUUCGUAUAUGAUAUUGCUAAUUAUCAAUCAUUUGCUAAACUUUUUGAGGUAAAUGAUGUUACUAUUGGAGGGCCUAUUAAUAAAGCUAUUGAGAGUGGUUGUUUAGUUAUAUUAUUUGGGAAUCUUUAUUCUGUAGUUCAUAACAAAUCCCCCAUACAAGUAAAAGUUGAAGAAGUAAGGCGUAUUGGAAGUGAGUUAGAUAUUGUAACUCUUGAAUCUGAUUCAAUUAUUCCACUGAUAUAUUCAAUUGUUGGAAUUUUAACAGCAAGAUGUUAUUCACAAGUUCAACAAGAUCAUUCUGAUAAAUCCUUAUCUAAACAAUUGCAAAAUUCAUUCUUCUCUAGAUUUAAUGAUGGUAUACAACGAGCAUUUGGGAUACGUAGUGCAAAAUAUGCUAUGAAUAAAUUAGUUUCUGACAAGGCAGAAUUCUUGAUACCUACAGUUGAUUCAUUAGAACUUCCUGAUGAAUUAACAAAAGAUUAUUUGGACGGAAUUUGUCCAGUUGUUAAUAUUAAAGAUGAACAAAAUAGUUCUGUAACUCACAUCGUAUUUUGUCGUGAUAUUCAAUCUGAGCCAUAUACUCUUCUUUUAGUUGCCAGGAAAAAUGGUAUUAUUCAGGCUUAUUAUUGUUAUAAAACACGUUUUGAGUAUGAAAAUGAAGAAAAUUCAGCUAUAGAGUGGUCAGGAAGAGUAGAAGAGGCAUAUUCAAGAAAAGCUCAUAAUAGAGCAAUUACUUCUUUAGCUCUAUCACCUGAUGAAUCAGAAUUUUUAUCAACAUCGAUUGAUAUGACUGUUAGAAGAUUCCUCACCGCAAAUGGUCAAGCAAUAAGUUUAUUUUCUGACAACUCUCCUGUUCUAGUUGGAUCCUAUUUACCUUUCCUCCCAUCACUAUUUAUUGUAUCAUCAUCAAAACCACUUUUAAGAAUUGUAAAUGUUGAUAUUGGUGUUGCACAGAAAAUAAAAACAGAUUCAACUAUUCGUGCUCUCUGUUUCGAUAGUACUGGAAUGUAUUGUUUUGCUGCUUGUAAAGAGGGUAGAAUAUAUGUAUUAGUUAAUAUUGCAGUAAAAUCAGCAACAAAUAUGAGAACAUCUGUAGAGACAGAUUUUCGUUUUACAGAUAAACGUGGUAUGCAAGUAUGUAGCAGAGCUAUUACAAACAUGUCAUAUAUUAAUAGUUCAUCAAAUUAUUCACUAAUAAAAAAGACUAAGAAUUUAGCCCCUUCUCUACCUGUUCUGGUAGUAAAUGCAGCAGAUUCUACAAUAACAGUAAUAGAUAUAAGAUUGCAAGCUCCAACUGGACAAAUAGAUAUAUCAACUGUACCUCAUGUAGUACUCCAAGUAAGGUUUAGAAUAGCAAAUCCACAUUCUUUGAUGCCUUUAAGAUCAUGUUUUUCUACGCAUGGAGGUAUAUGGAUAGCUUCAGCUGCUGAAGAUUGUACAGUAAGAAUAUUUUCACUAAAUUCUGAAUCUUUUGAUAAAGAACAAGUUAUACUAACAGGUCACAAUGUACCCGUAAUAAGUACAGCUAUAAAUGCAUCAAGUACAAUAUUAGCAAGUGGAGAUGCAGACGGAAUUAUAAUAAUAUGGCGUCGUUUUGCAAGUCAACAGAAUACAUAA